UGCCAAAAUAAACCCUCUUUGCAAAAGCCAUUGAUCAGCUGUUUGGCUCGUUAGUUACGAUCUCAAAGUAGUCAGACUCUGGACAGAGUCGCGGACCAAUAGUACUAGACUACUCCGGACAAAGCUAUCCAACAUCAAGCAUGGCUACUUUACCUCAUGGCAUAGAGAGCGCUUUAACUAUGAGAUUUUUGGAGCAAAUUGUAUUGAUGUUUGUAACCAUGAAUGUCGGUGAUCGUCGUUUCUCUGUCUCUAUUCAGCCAUGCCUAUUAAACAUUUGGAUUCUCUCCUGUUUCUUUCUGGUAACAUAACAACCCUGCAUAGACGAGCAUACGUCAAGCAUGCAUUGCAUGAUAGUGGGUGCUGUGGACACAAGCAGAUGCAGCAUGGCGGCUACGUGGGCUUUCGCCGGGUAUUCUACAUAGGUGUCUUGGGGUUUGCUAUUUGAGUUUUUUCAGUAGUCGCCAGAACAGCGUAGUUCCGGUUUUGGCAUCAAGUUACGUUGCAUGUCCUGGUUGUUCACAUAGGCUCGUCUUUUUGCUACACACAAGAGCGACUUUUCAUUCGAGCAUUUCAUAAAAGUGCUAGGAUUCAUUGUCGUUCAGAGGGUUUAUGAGUUCUGAAGGCAAUUUAGUUUUACUUUCUUUCUGUCAGAAAUAGUCAAUUAAGCAGAUAGCUUUCCGUCUGCUAGUGCAUUAGGCAGUUGCAUACAAUGUUCAGGAUAUAUCUUUGAAGCUAUGUUGUGAUGAUCCAAGUUGCUAGUUUGAAGAUGUUAAAGGUAAAGUCCUGCUUACCCCCCUGAACGCAG